CCUGAUCCGAAAAGAUAGCUGACGACCGGAAACUCUCAGAUAUAUUUUCACCAUGCGCAUCGGAAAGCCCCUUCGCAAGUCCCGCGCUUGGAAGAAGGUUGGAGUCAAUGGCACACCCAAAUAUGUAUCCCCUGAGAGCGUUGUUGGGAGAAUCAAUUCAGAUAUUAUAUCAAGUGUUUUGGCACCGAAAAUUGCCGCACUUGCUUCAGCGAGUCUCGAACGAUAUGCUGGGGAGUUAUUGGUAUACGAAGACAUUAUGAAAAAGGUGAAUAGCAAUGAAUCUAUCGACGGUCUCUUGGAAAGCGAUAGUUCCAUUAUUAUCCAAGACGGAAUUCCACAGCAACCCCAACGUCCUGUCUUUCAUUCCCAGUUUUCUGUGGACGAAGCGGCUUCCAUAUUUUCAGAAACAUCGGAACACUUUUUCGCAAAAGCGGGUAAAUGGAAAGCACACGCCAAUGCUGCCAAAUUUGAGCGUAUUCUGGAUGAAAAGUACGGCAUUUUGCGUCCAUUUAUUACGAACCAUCCCGAAAUUGAACAUUUCAUUCGGGGCGUUCAGCGGAAGUACGCCAUGGGGUAUUUCAGUCCCUUCCGACAAGGCGAUCCGCCAAUACCCCGAUCGACUGCUGUCAUUAUAUUGUUUAUGAUGCAACGAGGUCAGAUGCGUUGGGAAAUAAUGCUGUUGACUACCUUGUUCUUUCUUAUUGGCCUACAACCUUGGGCUUUGGUGGCAGUUGUCGGAGUUUUACAAGGUCUUCUCAUGCGACGAAAGGCAAAGCCUUUGGGGAAGAUGAAGCGUUUCAUCCCUGCGGUAGAGUCAUACUACACGGAUGCAAAAACCGAUACAGAAAAGCACGAGCUACUAUUGCAUCCGGUUGGUGAACCUUUGCCUAGCAAAGAGGAAAUUGACGCGUCUCUCUUUGAUGCUCUGAUUCUUGGCUCAGGACCAGCUUCACUGUAUAUCGCAUCGUUGUUGUCGCGGGCGGGUAGAAAAGUGCUCGUUCUCUCUUCACGGAACGACGCUAGUGGCUGCCUGAGUAUAAAGCAUGCCGAGUAUUCAAAUGUCCCAUUUGACGUUGAAGCUUCGAAUGUAGCCAAAAUAAGCCGUCAGCAACAAAUCUUGGCCCCUGCUCUGUGUACCGAGACCGAUACUCAGGGUGGAGUCCGAUUUGCCCAGAUUGGAUCAAAUGAAGAUGCUCAUGCUUUUGAAAUACUAUCGAUACCAGGAAUGGGAACAGAUUCGUACGACGAAGAGUUACCAUUUAUUUUGAAUGCGGAUGGUGGAACAGCCGGUCUCAUAGACGAUGCUGCAAAGUAUCUGAAUGAUGGCUGGCCAGAUGCGGAAGGCGGGAAUGGCAAUUCUGUAACGGGAGCGUAUGCCGCUGCGUGCGAAGCAAUUAACAGUACAGCAAACGAGUUCUAUAUUUCGAAGAUUCUCUCGGAAAAAGUCAAUAGUCUACGGAGCUCUCCUACCUAUCAAGACAGUGGAAUUCGUUACGCUCAGUCCUUCUUGAACAAAACAUUCACCAUCAACCCCCAUACACGGUCGUUGAUGGCGGGUAUAGGUAUGAAAGGGGAGAACAUCCGACCUGGAGCGACAAGUAUGGCAGCGCAUGUCACCAACAUUAGCGCAGCUCUCAGUGGAGAAGGUAUGCACUAUCCGAUCGGCGGACCUAGGGCACUUUGCCGUGCACUCGCCAACGUCGUUCUCCGUAGCGGUGGCCGAGUGUUGACGUCGGUUGAUGUCGCUGAGCUAAUAUUUGGUGAGCCACGGGAACAAGCGAGCAAAGGAAAGCAAAAAGAAGGGGACAACGACGGGCCACCUCCACCUCGCUGCGUUGGAGUCAAGCUAUCAGACGGGCGAGAAAUCAAGUUUGCGAGCGACCGUUUUGAUGAAAAAAAUGGUUCCUGCUUACCCGCAGUUAUUUCAAUGGAAGGCUUCAUUUGGACAUUCAUAAACAUGUUGCCGGAUGACAUAAGGAUGAAGUACAAAGUACCACGUGGCUUGCCAGCUCUUUCGUCGCGGCGGCCUGUUUUCAAGGUUCUUUUUGCGUUGAAAGGCAGCGCCGAUCAACUCAAUGUGACGGGUGCUGAUUACUAUCGGCUGCCCAACGCAGCUGUAGCGCGAGACGAGUUUGAUCAGUCCUCUGGACAGAUAAAACACGGUGAGAUUGGUUGGUCUGAUUCGGACACUGGUGAUAACGGAGAUGCUUACGCGGAUGGAGGUAAGAAUUUAAUGGACGUCAUCAACCAGGAUCCUGGUUCCAUCAGUGAUGAGCAUAUUGUAAACUCCAGUAGAAAACGAGCCCGAAAGACAAAAUUUGAAGCUGGGUCUUCAUGGCUCCACGUUUCUUUUCCUUCAGCCAAAGACCCUUCUUUUGAGGAACGUCACGGGAAGACCACAACGUGCGUCGUCACUAUUGAGGCGGAUGACGAUUUUGUUACCUAUUUUGACACGAAACCUAAGAUCUAUGUCAUUAAGAAUGCCUCGGCUACAAAGGGCGAUCUUGAUCGCUUGCUAGAACGUGUCAAAAAGGAUGUGUACCAUAUUUUUCCUCAACUAAGGGACAAGGUGGACCACUGCGAAAUUUGUGGACCUUUUCAGAAAGGGUUGAGUCACAAUCCCGAGAGAUUCGCCGCCAAAGGCAUUCGAGCCGACACGCCUUAUCCUGGUUUGUUCGUAGGAGGAUCGGACUUGACUGUCGGCGAGUCCUUUUCCGGUGACAUCGUCGGCGCCUGGUUGGCAGCGAACGCUGUUGAACAAUACGGCCCACUCGAUCACUUGUUCCUGCAAAAGAACAUCACAACUGACAUUGAGCAAUUCUUAGAAGAACCAGGCUGGGUUGAUGAAGAGGAUGUUGCAAUUCCGUACAAAUCGGCAGAUGCAAAGAAGGACAAGGACGUCUAAGCGACCAGUAUGUUUUUCCAACCUUAAGGUCUGCGUCACGGCAAAUU